CUUGAUUCUCACGAUUUCAGUAAACCCAAUAAGCGCAACGUUGAAACAAAAUGACCCACAAAUUAGAUCUGUUGCUGUAUUUCUUGCAUGAUAGUUUGAAACUUUCCAUACGUUUCCUGUCUAUUCUGCUAACAGUAGUCAGUAGUGAUUAUUCAUGUGGGCUCCUCUUUAGGUACACGAUAUUUGUUCUUUUGUGGCUUGAAGCCUUUUUUGUUUCUAUAUAUAAUUCUUGAAUUUGGAAAGUCUGAGGCCACGGGGUUCAGAUUUACAUGGCUUCAAUUGUGAAAUGUUUCUGGGCAUCACCCCAUUUUGGUUUGAAUAUUAACGAGAAAUGUCGUUCUAGAUCUGGAAUUCAGUGUUUAGCUAGUGGGGAAUCGGCUGAUGCUGCAUUAUCUGUUGAAUCUGUUAAAGUGAAUGGGAUUGUUAAUGGAGUAUCAUCUUCUGUUGUGAAGGAAAAGAAGGAGAGUGAUAGGCUUAUGAUUGAGGUGGGGCAUGGUCACGGGGGUUCAAAUGUGGAGGAAAAGAAGAGGGAAAAAGUUUCUGAGGAGGAAAAGUUGGAGCCUUUGUGGGAUGAUGGAUAUGGAACUCAAAGUGUGAAGGAUUAUCUUGAUUUAGCCAAAGAGAUUAUUAAACCUGAUGGGGGGCCACCGAGGUGGUUCACCCCAAUCUCUUGUGGGCCGCCUUUAAAGGAUUCACCAAUUCUUCUGUUCUUACCAGGAAUGGAUGGUCUUGGACUUGGCCUCAUUCUUCAUCACAAGUCUCUUGGCAAGGUUUUUGAAGUUCGGUGCAUGCAUAUUCCUCUGCAGGAUCGAACACCAUUUGAAGCUUUGGUACAAUGGGUUGAAGAGACUCUGAGGUCUGAGCAUUCUUCAGCCCCAAAGAGACCCAUUUAUCUGGUGGGAGAGUCACUUGGUGGAUGCUUAGCACUUGCACUUGCAGCUCGUAAUCCUAAUAUUGACCUUGUAGUGGUAUUAGCUAAUCCAGCUACUUCAUUUGGCAGGUCACAACUGCAACCUUUGCUCCCUCUGUUCGAGGCCUUGCCUGAUGAACUUCAUGCCACCGUUCCAUAUCUUCUAAGCUUUGUUAUGGGUGAUCCAGUGAAGAUGGCAGCAGUUAAUAUUGACUCAAUGCUGCCUCCGACGCGAUAUUUUGAACAAUUAUCUGGGAACCUUACUGGUUUGCUACCGCGUCUUUCUGGCUUGUCUGAUAUCAUACCUAAAGAUACUCUUAUUUGGAAACUGAAGCUGCUCAAGUCUGCUGCGGCAUAUGCUAAUUCUCGUCUUCAUGCCAUCAAAGCUGAAGUACUUAUUCUUGCUAGUGGCAAUGAUAAUAUGCUGCCCAGUGAAGACGAAGCCUGGAGACUUUCGCGUUCAAUGCGGAAUUGCAAAAUACGAUACUUCAAGGACAAUGGGCAUACCAUACUAUUGGAAGAUGGAGUUAAUCUAUUAACCAUUAUCAAAUGUACUUGCACUUACCGUCGUUGUUCAAGGAAUCAUGAUUUUGUUGCAGAUUUUUUGCCUCCCAGCAAGUCAGAAUUUAAGCAUGCACUUUUGAGCAAUGGACUGUAUUUGCAUAUAAUGCAAUGCAGAUGGUUUCGCAAUUAUACUGGUCCUGUGAUGUGGUCUACUACGGAAGAUGGGAAGAUAGUGAGAGGUCUGUCAGGUGUUCCAAAUGAAGGUCCCGUCGUAUUAGUUGGUUAUCACAUGCUUAUGGGUUUGGAACUUGUUCCAUUAGUUGAACAAUUUCUUCUGGAGAAGAAGAUCUUGGUUCGUGGUAUAGCACACCCAACAUUGUUUUCACAGCUUGUUGAGAGUGAGAACAGGGAGUUUUCCAUCUUUGACACUGUGAGGUUAUAUGGUGGAUUACCUGUAAGUGCAAGCAAUCUUUUCAAAUUGCUCGCAACAAAAUCACACGUGCUACUUUAUCCUGGUGGUGCUCGUGAGGCUCUACAUCGCAAGGGCGAAGAGUAUAAAUUAUUUUGGCCUGACCAGCCGGAAUUUGUCAGGAUGGCAGCAAGAUUUGGGGCCACAAUUGUACCAUUUGGAGUUGUUGGAGAAGAUGACAUCGCAGAGUUGGUUCUGGACUAUGAUGACCUGAUGAGAAUUCCAAUUAUAGGUGACAGAAUUAGAAGAGAUAAUGAGCAGUAUAAAGAUCUAAACGUAAGGACUGGAAUGAGUGGGGAGGUUGCGAACCAAACUUUAUAUCUCCCAGGACUUCUGCCGAAAAUCCCUGGCCGAGUUUACUAUCUGUUCGGGAAGCCUGUUCCAACGAAGGGAAGACGAAAUAUGUUGAAGGACAGAAGUAAUGCAAAAGAACUUUAUUUGCAUAUAAAAUCAGAAGUUGAAAAUAGUAUUGCUUAUUUGAUGAAAAAGAGAAAGGAAGAUCCUUACAGAGGUAUAGUCGAUAGAACAGUGUAUCGGGUUCUCCAUGCUCCUAUGGAUCAGGUCCCAUCUUUCGAACCAUGAAUGAUGGGUUUUGAAGGGCUAUGUCCGAAUAUUGUUGCAAACGAGGAAAGGAGUCGAACAUUAGGAUGAAUACCCAAGAAGGUAGAUUAAAAGCAUUCCUAAGAUGUCUGAAAGUGGGGACAGAAUGAAGCUGUUGUAGAAUCAUAUUACUGUGUUGUAGCUUUUGUAGCAUUACAUGAAUAAAAGAGAUUUUAGUCCAUAGUAAUACCUUCAACAUUUGAAAUUUAUUUGAUUCUCGUGUAAAGUAUUUGUACUUGUGAAAAUGUUUCUCAAAAUCAAAAACUUUCUGCUGAUGUCCCUUUA